GGAGAAGAAAGCCGGAGAGAAGAAACCUGCAGUGAAGAAAUCUGGGGAGAAGAAACCCACAGAGAGAAAGCCCAGGAAGGCCCCGAAGCCCACCUCCAAACGAGGACAGCCUAUAUCUGCUGCGCGACUGAUCGCGAGCCCGUACAUCAAAUUUGGGUGGCACAAGCCUAUAAGUGGCACAGUCACAGAUGAAAUCCAGAAACUCGCUACUGUAGCUGAUUCCAUGUACAUGCUGCAGAUAGAUCGAGUGCGUCCUAUCGAGUCGAUCUCUCUUCGAAACGGGUUAUUCUGGGAGCAUCGACAGCUGUCUCGUCCGGAGAUGCUGUGCACGCCUUCGAUCGACCACAUUGAUCUAUUCUCCGCCGACGAUGAAAGCUUUCGAGAAACCUUGGAUAAGAUAGGCAAACGCCUUACCCCGUGUAAGACUGGAUUUAGUCUUCAUUACUUAUUCGACGCCAUCCGAUCUCGAGAGUUCUUACUCCUGCCAUUGCAGCUAGACGAUAUCUGGGUAACCGUAAUCGCUAGAAUCCAACAGAAACAGGAGCAGGAGUUUAAUCAAAUGGGCGACUUCAGCGCUGAUAUGAAGGUUACGGAUCUAGCGCUUGUUGAUCCGCUACCAGAGGGCCGUGAAGCUCGUGCAGCCCUGAUCAACUCCCGCCUCGAAUCAAUUUUCCCCGAGGGAUGUAUUGAGUCAGCGCUCAACUUAAAGGUCCACAACCUCGGUGUUCCAGACAUCAUCACCGAUUGCACAUCAAACGGCCAUUGGCAAACGGGGCUCAUCGCCUACGCAGUUUCGCGAGAGUUCAUCCGUCGCCUGAAGGUCCUUCAGCAUCGUCAAGAUCGGCGCGAUGGUACUUGCGGUGACCAAGAUUUCCUGUGGGCGCCCUUUGAGGAACAAUACAACUUCGACACUUAUCGUCAAAGCCUUCUCGCAGCGUGUGCGCACCAGUUCAUCGAAGGUUCGGGGUUCAAGGCCAGACUGGCCCUGGAGAUUUCGGGUGAAGACGCGAAUUACCAGCGAGAGCUUCUGAGCGGAGACAGGACCAAUAUCCUCGCCAACGACGAGAAGUGGGACAUCUUCCAAACAAAAACCCACACACACGCGAUUCCCAUUUACUACAACCCCUCUAGAAGAAACGCUUGUAGACCUCCUUCGGUCACAGUGGAGAAUGAAGAAGAUGACAAUACGGCCAUGUCUAUCCCACUUCAUUCACCACAAGUAGAGGUAACAGAAGAGGAGCGUGCUGCUACACCGAACCGUUCUGGCGCACCCACCCCGGAUACCCUCAACCGAACCCAAGAGCCCAGAUCUGGGGAUCGUCCAGAAGAGAAUGGUGAUCAGCGCAAGCGCUCCAGGGUCGACGAUGACGACGAGGCGGUUCCAUCGCCGAAACGGGCGAAACAGGUCGAAAAUUCUGGAAAUGAUGCUUAAGUGAGUGGUGUUGCUGUCACUCACACCCAUUCGUUCUAUUGUGCUAUGCUGAAAACACAUCAUCAAAGUCGCUGGGGAGUUGGUAUGAUCUUUGUUUAUAUAAAAGCGUUUGUUUAUAGAUUGCUCAUAUGGAAAAUACCAUUCACCCCAAACCCGUGUCCAUAAUAAAAGAUUAUGUCUGGUGUUUUAUGUUGCUCAAAGAUAUAGUUGCGGCUUAGUAAAUGAGAGUGACUUGUGUA